UUUUGUGAUGCGCUUGUUUGAGACUCGAGCAGACGAAGAACUUCUUGAUUUUCUCGUUCGACUACAGUACUGAACACAUUCACGUUCGACUGUAAUAGUAAUACUGAACAACAACUUCACGUAACGUCGUUGGUCUGUAGAUCUACUGCUGAACAGAUUCUCGUUCAAGAGCCAGAAAAACAGAAAAAUACCAGAGGCGAGUAUUUGUUCCUGUCUGCCCAAGGAGCGUGAUGCCAGUAGGCUGCUGUUGAAAAGGUGACCAAGACAACUGUGUGUCCUCCACCCGGAACUACAAUUAUUGUAGUCGGCGCAGACCUGUAGAGAAAUGACGCCGGGAACGACAAGUCCCAAAGCAAAGCCCCAGCCCAGCAGUGGCAGUAGCGGCAGCAAGAGUGCCAAGACUCGGUCCAAACCCAAGUACACGCUGACAUACUUCGACACGAUCGGCCAUGCGCAGGCGACGCGCUACAUGUUCGCGCUGGCCGGCGUCGACUUCGACGACCGACGCGUGUCGGAGGCGGAGUGGCGGCGCAUACAGCGGACAGUGCCGCUCGAGCAGUUGCCCGUGCUGGAGGUAGAGGGCAUGGGAGCGCUGCACCAGAGCGUCUGCAUCGACCGCUUCGUGGCGAAACAGCUGGGAUUCUAUGGCAAGACGGACGUGGAAGCGGCACAGAUCGAUCAGAUACACACGACGAUAGCCGAGGCCGGGCGGCUCGUCAUGCCCUUCGUCCAGAACAUGUUUGCCACCAGCCCAUCCGACGUGCAGCCGGUAGCUGUAGGUCUGGACACGGAGGAGGGGGUCGAGAAGCUGCGCACUCACCUGCCACGCUACCUGAACUUCCUCAACUCGCAAGUCGUCGCGAACGAGACGGUCAACGGGCAGGACGCAGAGGGAGUGUACUUUGUCGGUACGUCGCUCUCGCUAGCGGACAUAUACUGGGCGUGCGCGUGGGAAAUCGCCACGGAACUAGACACGGAGAACACACUCUUGGAAGAUUACCCAAAGCUGUUCAACCUGGCCAAACGUGUCUCAAAGUUACCAGCUAUCCAGGAAUACAAGCGACAACAUGCUGAAGAUCAUCCAUGAGGUAGCGAUGGAUAAACAUAAUGAUCAUCGGCCAUGCGUACAGUAUCGUGAUUGGAGAUGAACGUGCCAUGCUGCCUCAUGUUUAGCAUUGCUUCCGGAUAGUUCACUAUUGUGCUCAUGUACUGCUGGAGGCACCAAUGGUGAGCAGUACAUCCAUGCUGUUUUGUUGAUGCAAACGCACAAACGUGCGCGCACAUACAUGUGCUUGCAUGCACACACAGAAGCUUACACACACACACACACACACACACACACACACACACACACACACACACACACACACACACACACACACACACACACACACACUCUCUCUCUCUCUCUCUCUCUCUUUCUUUCCCAAUUUUUCUCUCUCUAUCUAUCUAGCUAGCUAGCUAGCUAUCUCUUCUCUCUCUCUCUCUCUCUCUCUCUCUCUCUCUCUCUCUCUCUCUCUCUCUCUCUCUCUCUCUCUCUCUCUCUCUCUCUCUCAGCUUUCACAUCAGUCAUGCCAAAACGCCUGAUACCGUGCCUCUCGCUGCCAUUGCCGUUCUGAAUCUCUUGUCCAGGGCGUCACUAACAACUCACGGCUUAAUUAUCCGAUGCACGCGUGUUUUUGUUUUAAUAGUCAUCAUCACCUCAAUUUUAAGCUACAUGAUUUUACAUGUAUACAUAGAAUGAAGACUGCACACAUCACCACACAACAUGAAACUUGUUAGAAGUGUUGCAUGGUGGUGCCUGUGGACUUCAUUAUAUUGAUAGCGUAAGUUAAAUUGCUUUCUCCUCGCAGAUUGCUUGUAUACUCGCUGCGGAAAUUGCAGCCUUGCAACAAAAGGCAGGCAUUCGGCACGCAAUAUUGUUCUCAAACAGUUAUUUUUGCUGUUUGCUUAGCGAUAUCACUCAUACUAGGUUCGGCUAUGUGCAAACUGAGCACAGCGGCGUAUAAUAAUCCCACGUGAAUUAUCUGUAAAAGGAUCUUAAUAAUUGUUUGUUGCUUUCGUUACGAGA